CUAGACUUUCAGAACCACCAGAGCCUGCUGCCCCCUCUGCAGUACCAGUUCCUGCUGCGGCGGGCGAUGUUCAAGCCGAUAGGCGAGGUGCAAGUGACGGCGGGCAGCAACGAGAGCAAGAGGACGGCGGCAGAGGCAGGGGUCGUGGGCGGCCAGCCCGACGUGGUGGGCCCCUUGGCCAAGGCGCUGGCGCGGCUGGUCCUUCAGCACGAAGAUAUGGCGAGGUCGGCGCGCAGGGGCGACAACUUCGUGAUCCCGUCCAAGCCGACGCAGAAGAUGGCGACUGCGCUGGACCAGGCUCUGGCGCACUACGAGGGGGAGGGCGCCAAGGCCAAGGAGAAGGCGAAGGAUAUGCAGGAGGAGUUCAUGGGCAACCCACUCGGCAAGCGCCCCGAUGCGCUGGCGAGGG